AUGACGCACCAGUUCCCAGCCCUCUCCAGUGGUCAGAAGAGGGAGCUCCAGGAGAUUGCACUUCGUAUCGUCACUCCAGGGAAGGGCAUCCUGGCUGCUGAUGAGUCUGUGGGCAGCAUGGCAAAGCGCCUUAACCAGAUAGGGGUUGAGAACACUGAGGAGAACCGCCGGCAGUACCGCCAGAUCCUCUUCAGUGCUGACGACCGCAUCAACAGCUGCAUCGGAGGAGUCAUUUUCUUCCACGAGACGCUGUACCAGCACGCUGAUGACGGCACGCCCUUCGUCAAGAUGAUCAAGGACAGGGGCAUCACUGUGGGCAUCAAGGUUGACAAGGGUGUUGUCCCCUUGGCAGGAACCAAUGGAGAAUCUACCACUCAGGGACUGGAUGGGCUCUCAGAACGCUGUGCUCAGUAUAAGAAGGACGGGGCAAACUUUGCUAAGUGGCGCUGUGUGUUCAAGAUCAGUGAGACCACCCCCUCUAAACUGUCCAUUGAAGAGAAUGCAAAUGUUCUGGCUCGAUAUUCAAGCAUUUGCCAGCAGCAUGGGAUUGUGCCUAUUGUGGAGCCAGAGAUUUUGUCUGAUGGAGAUCAUGAUCUGAGGCGUUGUCAGUAUGUCACAGAGAAGGUGCUAGCUGCAUUGUACAAGGCCAUGUCUGACCAUCAUGUGUACCUGGAGGGCACUCUGCUCAAGCCCAAUAUGGCCACUCCUGGCCACAGCUGCCCCACAAAAUACAGCGCAGAGGAGGUCGCCAUGGCAACAGUCACUGCCUUGCGCCGCACCGUCCCUCCUGCUGUCACGGGAGUGACGUUCCUCUCUGGGGGUCAGAGUGAAGAGGAGGCCUCUGUCCACCUGAAUGCCAUCAACAACUGCUCCCUGGUGAAGCCCUGGACCCUCACCUUCUCGUAUGGCCGAGCCCUGCAGGUGUCCGCACUCAAAACCUGGCGGGGACAUAAAGAGAAUGAGAGUGCUGCAACUGAGCAGUUUAUCAAGCGAGCAGAGGUGAAUGGCCUGGCCUGUCAGGGGAAGUACACUGGUGGCGGGGACAGUGAAUCCGACCAGAUCUAUGUGGCCAAUCAUGCAUACUAA